AUGGAGAAGAAAGAGACCUUCUCUGUGCAAUACAAUGUGUUUUCAGAAAUAGUGUCAAACGAGUGUGAUAGUUUUCUAAAAGAGGAACUUUCUCAUGUUGAAGAACUUCUUAUCAGUAGCAGAGAAGAAUGUAUUGAUAUUAGCUCAAAGUAUCAAGAUUUAAGCCAUAAGGUUGAAGAAAUUAUUAGGUCAGGAGAAAAUAAUUCGGAUGAUGAAUGUGCUUCUGAUGAGCAAUCACAUGUGCAGCAUGAACAGAAAACUGAGAUUGAUGAGCAACUAUUUAGAUAUAAACGGAAAAUUGCUACUUAUCAAAGCAGUCAAGAUAAUCAAGCCAGGAUAGUUGAAGAUCUUCAAAAUAGAGUUGAAGAGUACCGCAUGCGAUGUGCUAAGCUGGAAGCUGCUUUGGCUGAACAUGCUGCUAACGAAGCGAGUUUCACUGAUUCUGACUCUCAUUCUCAGAAUGCAUUCACAAUGGACUUAGACACAGCCUUGAUAAGACUUGAACAAGAAAAGAAUAGAUGCCAAGGCCUGUCCCAAAUCAAUACGUUGUUGCGAGAGCAGCUAGAAACGGCAACUGAAGUGAAUCAGACUUUGACGUCCGAUGUCCACCGACUUACCAAAGAAUGGCAGCAUGCUCGCUCAGAAUUACUUGCCAAAGAAUCAGAGUGGAAAGAAGAAGAACAAGUAAAAAUGUGA